AUGCAGAUGGGUGUGCCAAGAUGAACGUGACAAUGAACUCUAGUGGCGGUGACGUGCGUUACUGCGGCCCGGGGUUGGAGCACUUUCACGCCGGUUACCGCCAGGCCCACGGCUACGUCAGUCUGCUGGUCUGUGUCUUCGGCUCCGUGGCCAACGUACUCAACAUCGCUGUCCUCACUCGGCGAGAGAUGAGUUCUCCCACCAACGUCAUACUGACCGGACUAGCUGUGGCUGACCUCCUGGUCAUGCUGGAGUAUAUCCCCUUCGCCUGCCACAUGUAUCUUCCACAGCGACCCAAAAGGGAACGGUUCUCGUACGGCUGGGCGUUGUUUGUGCUGUUGCACGCGCAGGUGUCCCAGGUCUGCCACACGAUAUCGAUAUGGCUGACAGUGACUUUGGCUGUGUGGCGGUACAUCGCGGUGGCAUACCCGCAACGUAAUCGGGAAUGGUGUGGCAUGCAAAGAACCAUUGCGGUCAUAAUAUGUGGCUACAUUUUCUGCCCCCUGUUGUGCAUACCACUCUAUCUCGCCUUCGAGAUCGAGCCUAAGAUAGCGUUACUCGACGAGGACGGGAAUGACGCCCAGCCCAACUCGACUACAGCGUACAACACGACCUUAUAUGUAGUAGACCUCAGCGAGAUGGGGAAAGCCAAUAACAACCUAUUAAUGGACAUCAACUUCUGGGUGUACAGCGUAGUUAUCAAGAUCAUACCUUGUAUCGCGUUGACAGUACUAAGUCUCAGACUCAUCUGUGCGUUGUUAGACACCAAGAGGCGACGUGAGAAGUUGACCAGUGGCAGCAGGAAGACAACUCGUCUCAUGGAGAAGGAGCGUCAGACGGAUCGCACAACCAGGAUGUUGCUGGCUGUCCUGCUUCUCUUCCUGCUCACCGAGUUCCCUCAGGGUAUUCUAGGAAUGUUGAGUGUGAUGCUCGGCCAGAGGUUCUUCAGAGACUGUUACAACAAACUAGGAGAGGUCAUGGACAUCUUGGCUCUUAUAAACUCGGCCAUCAAUUUUAUCCUUUACUGUGCGAUGAGUAGACAGUUCAGGACUACGUUCAGUGUGCUCUUCAGGCCGAGGUGGCUACCUGUGCCUCAAGUGGAAAACAAUGGUCACAAUAACUACACUACUACUCAGGUGACCCAGGUUUAGCGACGAGCUAGCAAGAGGGUUCCCUGCACAUCUCUCUAGUCCUUCCCUCUUGCCUUUCCUGUGACCUCUCAACACGGCCUUGUUUCCACUUUAAAGUGGUACGAUAAGUUACUAUUACGUAUUUUUGUCUACAAUAUUUGUUGGCUCCAAGUCUGGAUAAAGGCGCUUUUAGUGUUUAAGUGUAAAAAUAACGAAUCGGGCGAACCUCCGAUUAUGUUGCUCAAUUCGGCAUUUUAUAGGAAAUAUAUAUAUAUGUAUUACUAAAAUGUUUUAUGACGUGUGUUUCUUCGACUGAAACUUUAUUUGUAGACUAAGCUCUAUGUAAAAACGAUAAAGUAUUAGUAGUUGACGAAUUCUUUGAAUAAUACGUUUCACUGCAAAGAAAAUCUAGUCUCAGCAUCAAAU